CAGAGAAUGGUACUCCGAAAAAGGGAGGAGGGGGGCGGCGAAGCAACAGGUGGGAGUUGUCUGCCGCCUCGCGCCGCUCUGCAGUUCGCUCCAUUCACCUGGCAGGCGCGCGCGAACGGUAAUCACCCGCCGCCGUCUGUCUCUCUGCACGAGGCUGCGGUAAAACUGCUCUCGCGCGGCGCUCUCUUCUCUCCAGCCUGACGGAAUAAGCCCGAAAGAAGAUCUCACGUUUCAACUCUCUCUCUGGGUGCCCAGACGGUAUUGGCCAUCAACAGACCAUCCUUUGCCCUCUCUUCCCUUUUUGUCCCCUUAUUUAUCUUUAAUCUUCUUACUCUAUCUCCCCUUCUGUACCUCACUACAUUCACUCUUUCCCUCUCUGUCUUCUACUCUCCCUCUCCCAUCUAUCACUUUCUCUCCUUCUCUGUGUCUCCCCCCUCUCCCUCUCUCUCUCUCUCUCUCUCUCUCUCUCUCUCUGGCUCUCUCCCUCUCUCUGUGAUGCUGGCCUGUGGGUGAGUGGACGCCCUUCACCAGAUUGAAGCUGGGGAAGUUAAAGGUGGUGCGGCGGCAGUUGCUGCAGAGGUAUGAACACCAGCCGCUAGUCUCCUGCCUGGCAGGCCUCUACGGUUGCCAAUGGAGACGGUACCAGCGAGCAAGGGCACAGCCAGGGGAGGUCUGCUGCAGCAAGGUGGAGUGUGGCAGUUUUGGCCUCCUGAUCCUCACCUUCUUUCUCAGCUUUGUGUUCCUGUACUUCUGGAGCGAAGCGCAGAACGACUACAAUGACUUUGACUGGUUUAACUUUGGGACUCUGGGGUUCUGGUUCCCCUGGUCUCUGGUUCUGCUGGGCGUGGCAGCAGCUCUCUUCACCUACAUAGCCCUCUUAUUGGUGCUGGCAGUGUGCCUGCUCUCUGAGGGCCAGAGACUUUACCUCCACUGGAGCCACAAGAUCGGUAUCGUGGUAACGCUGGCGUUCUCCGUCACGGCAACGGCCAUUCUCUCUGACCUUUGGAGCAAAGAAUGGAAGACCCUCCUCCUCUCCCUGCAGGUGACCGCCCCCUUCCUCCAUGUUGCUGCCGUGGCGCUCAUGACCCUCUUGUCCUGGCCAAUCGCCUUGCACUUCUUCCGCAUGAACAAGCGGGUGCGCCAGGUGGCUAUCCUGGGUUUGUACCUGUCGGUAUUGUUCUCUCUGUACCUGGUCCCUCUGGGGAUGUACUCCCCCUGCAUUAAAGAAGCUGGCACCCUGGGCCCGCCCCCCUCUCUGAUUGGACACAGAGGAGCACCAAUGUUGGCUCCUGAGAACACUCUCCUAUCAUUUGAGAAAGCAGUGGAGGUGGGCGGUGAAGGCCUGGAGACCGACGUACGGAUCAGUUACGACGGUGUUCCCUUCCUGAUGCAUGACUCCACCCUGCGGAGGACCACGGACGUGGACAAGGUGUUCCCCAACCGCACCCAGCAGGACGCCUCCCUGUUCACCUGGGCCGAGCUGCAGCAGCUCAACGCCGGCAACUGGUUCCUCUCGAGGGACCCGUUCGGUACAGGCUCCUCCCUGAGUGAGACGGAGCGCUCCAGCAUCCAGAACCAGUCCAUCCCCUCCCUGGCCCAGUUCCUUGAGGUGGCGGCGGGCAGCGGCAGACUGGUUCUGUUUGACCUGCGCAGGCCACCGUCCGGCCACCCUUACAACGUGUCCUUCAUCAACACCACUCUGCAGGUGGUCUGGGACAACAUCAACUCCUCGCAGGUGCUAUGGCUGCCCUCAGAGGACAGGGAGACGGUCCAGGCUGUGGACCCAGAGCUGCAGCAGACGGCCGAGGAGAGGGGCCCAGUGCAGAACCUGACAGACAGACACAUCCGCAGGCUCAACCUGCCCUACAGCUCCAUGUCCGAGCAGCAGAUCAGUAAGUACUGGUCGGUGAACAUCAGCACUAACCUGUUUGUGAUCAGCCAGCCCUGGCUCUACUCCCUGGCCUGGUGCGCUGGUGUCCACUCCAUCACCACCAACUCUAUCCAUCUGCUGUCCCACCUCAGACAGCCCCUCUUCCUCAUGACCCCAGAGGAGUACACUCUGAUGUGGAUAUUGACCGACGUUUCGUCCACCUUCCUCAUCACUGCCGUCUUCAUAUUCCACUGGUGGAGAGAGAGAGGUCUACCCUUCUGGUCCGGGAGUCGCCAGGCCCACGAGACCGGCCCCUACAGCAAGUUCAGGACAGACUCGUCAGAGGCGAUCUGUAUUCAUUGGAACCAGCGCCAUUCCAUCUCUCCCAAGCUGAGCGACGUUUGGUCCAUCUCGAACAUCGUCAUCCGCCCGGAUCCGCAGGGCUCCCCCACACAGUCGGCCACCCCCCACCUGCCCACCAUCACAGAGGAGUGACUCACCCACAGAGAGGGGGAGAGAGGGGGAGGGACAGGGAGAGGAAAAUAUACGUUUAGGAUAAGAAAUAUACUUUUUUAUAUGUAAAAAAAAGAAAGAAUAAGCAGUCUGAGUCAGCGUGGGAGGAUAAUAAAUGACGGAAAGAAAAUACCGGCAGAGUACUUAGAUUUGAGAAUAUAAUUCAUUGCUGUCAUUCUCUUUUUCUCCACGCUUUCAUUGGAAGGCUGAUGGUCUGCUGCAAAAUACCUGAACUGUCAAACCUCGUCCCGUUUAAGAUGGGACACGGCUUUACAGGCUAAUUAUGGGCCCAUGUUGCUAUGAGGGCCAUUUCAAAACGUAGGAAGCUUCGAUUUCUAGCUAAUGGGAUUUUUUAAGUUAUGAACCAGAGGAGACUAAUACAUGCUUGGCUUCACACAAUGUCUGAUGAGAAUGCACAAGGACAACUAUUAAAAUAAUAGGCCUUGCUUUAUAUGAAUGGCUUUCAUUGGCUUCACUUUGAGUCUAUACUUUAUUAAAAACCCUGAUGUUCAAAUGGAUACAAACAACACAAAAUGGCUGCCAUCAACAUUUCAUCUCAGAGGAGAAAAAAAAGGAAAAUCUUUAAUCAAAGUGAAGGUCCGGUCUUAACUGGAGCCAAACAUCAGACUCAUUGCCGCCCCCUGUGGAACAAUUUGGAUCUGCAGCUACUGAAAAAUACCCUGGAAAAGAACCGAAAAUCCUCAGUACGGACAUAAGUUGCGACAAAGAAAAGCCUGUUAUCCUUUUCAUUUGCUAUACUGGUAGGAUGAAUGUAUUUUUUUUUCCUCCAAAUGUUUAAUUUGUUUGUCUUAUGCAUUAUAGGUUAUUAACAACAAUGAAGAGUUGAGAAUUUUUAAUCCAUGUGUUGGGUCAAUUUACAUAAGACAAGUGGAACACCAUCUGGUCUCUACCAGGCUGAGGACUGAGAAACUAAACUGGACUAUACGGUCUGAGAAAGUGUGAAUCAUAAAGUAUUGCGUUUGCGAGGAAAACCAAGAAGGAUGUUCCAUACUGGGCGAUGGCUGGAUCGCAUGACCUUAAGAGCUUCUCCUGAGGAACAGGCCCAGGGCUCUCAAUGCAUGGUGGCCAUGCCAUCUGCCUCUUACGCUAACCUGUAGUAGACCACCUCUCCUUAUGGGCCCUCGAAGGAGCAAGGAAUUGAAGUAUUCAAAUAAAAUAGAGUUCUUAUACAUUUUUUUCCCUUGUUUUGAUAUCCCAAACUAGUUUAGUGAUCCUAAAAGGAUUGAUUUGAGCUUGUUGUACAAAUUUGAGUUGUUAAUGUUCGCCAAGUGCCGUUAAGAAUGACCCCCUGCUUUGUUUUUUCCCAACGAAUUCAGUACCUUCAGAAAGUGAUCACAGCACAUUGGUUUAGCGAUCCGUCAUAGCAUAGACUUCAUGUUGGCCUAUCGGGCAAUACUGCAAAUAAAUACAAUACAGGGACUACUGGACCUCCUAUCCACUUGAAUGGUAGAACAAUGUAUGUAGUAGACCUCGACAUGUACAUAAUAAUAUGUACAUUCUGUAUUCUGUAUCUAUUACCAUGUAGUACUGACUAACUAGUCUGGUCAAUUUGCUGGAUUUAACUAUGCUAUGUGUGUAUAUGUGCUCAGUUUAGACGAUGUUUAAUCAUGUAAAACCAACCAGAAUACCCAAACAGAACAAAAUGGUGAUCACAUAUUACAGACGCAAUAGUUCCCGCUGCUAAAUAUUGUGGCAAUAUUCAGAAGUAUUUGACUACUCUUACUAUUGGUCAAGUGAAAGGCAUAACGGCUCUUUCCUCUUUUCCUCUAGAUAUCUUUUAGUUUGAAGUAAUGUUCACAUUUGUCUGGUUGCACACUGAGAGUAUUUGAUACAUCCUCAGUGAAAGUAUACGUGAAUAGUCCUUCCAACUGAAGGAACAAUUUAUUUAAAAUUAUGCUUGGCAACUUUAAUGUACAACAAUACAAAUGGCUGCUUAGAUUGCGUUUAAUGUCAUUCUUGAAUAUGUUGUCAAAUGUAUCAUAUUCUGUACCAAAGUCAUUGUUUAAGAAAAAAAGUUUGGUCAAUACAACUGCUUAAUUUUGUCUA